AUGACGUCGAGUCAGGUGUCAGCAGCGUUUGCAGCGGCGCGCACGUCGAAGGUGACAACGAUAGUGUGGUUCCGCCGCGACCUGCGCGUCGAGGACAACCCCGCUCUCAUCGCGGCGGCGCAGCAGGGCGCGGUGGUGCCGCUCUUCGUGUGGUCCCCGGAGGAGGAGGGACAGUUCUUCCCCGGCCGCGUGUCGCGCUGGUGGCUGCGCAACUCGCUCUCGCAGCUGCACGCCGCGCUCACGGCUCUGGGCGUGCCGCUGUUCAUGCGGCGCGCCAAGUCGACCCUGGCGGUGCUGCUGGAAGUCAUGGCGGCCACCGGCGCCACGCAGGUCUUCUACAACCACCUCUACGGUGCGCUGCCCUCCGCCCAUCGCCCCUCCCUGUUUCCGUGCAUGGGCUUCUCAAAUCUGGCCCUUUCCUUCUCGUCCCUCCAUUACCCCGCGUCGUUGGUGCGCGACCACCGCGUGAAGCAGGAGCUGAGUCGGCGCGGAGUGGUGGUGCGCUCGUUCAACGCGGAUCUGCUCUUCGAGCCCUGGGAGAUCUUCGACGACCACGGCAAGGCCUUCACCACCUUCCGCUCCUUCUGGCGCCACUGCCUGCACCACCCGCGCCCCUCGCGCCCCGACCCGCCGCUCCCCGCGCCCGCGCGCCUGUGCGGGCCGCUGGGGUUCGUGCGGAGCGUGGCGGUGGACCUGCUGGGGCUCGAGGCGGACGACGAGCGCCCCAGCAACGACCUGCUCGCGCGCGCCUGGCUGCCCGGCUGCACCAACGCGGACCGCGCGCUCGUCGCGUUCCUGCACGGGCCGCUGCUCGAGUACGCCGCGAACCGCAGCAAGGCGGACAGCGCGACGACGUCGCUGCUCUCCCCGCACCUGCACUUCGGCGAGAUCUCCGCGCGCCGCAUCUUCCACGAGUGCCAGCGCCUCAGCGUCGCGUGGCAGAAGGACGGCCUUCCGCGCGCGGCGGAGAGCGUCGCGCAGUUCGUGCGCGCGCUGGGCUUCCGCGAGUACUCGCGCUACCUCUCCUUCAACUUCCCCUUCACGCACGAGCGCUCGCUCCUCGCGAACCUCAAGCACUUCCCGUGGCGCGUGGACGAGCACAUGUUCAAGCUAUGGCGGCAGGGGCGCACGGGGUACCCGCUCGUCGACGCGGGGAUGCGCGAGCUGUGGGCGACGGGGUGGCUGCACAACCGCAUCCGCGUGGUGGUGGCGUCGUUCUGCGUGAAGUUCCUGCAGCUGCCGUGGCGGUGGGGCAUGAAGUACUUCUGGGACACGCUGCUCGACGCCGAUCUCGAGGCCGACGUGCUGGGCUGGCAGUACAUCAGCGGCUCGCUGCCCGACGGCCACGAGCUGGAUCGCAUGGAUGAUCCCGAGGAGGACGGGUAUCGUUUUGACCCCGAGGGGGAAUACGUGCGGAGAUGGGUGCCGGAACUCGCGCGCGUGCCGACGGAUUGGAUCCACCACCCGUGGGACGCGCCGCCCGUCGUGCUGCGCAUGGCGGGGGUGGAGCUCGGCGCGAAUUACCCGCGGCCGGUGCUUGAUGUGCUGACGGCGCGGCAGCGGCUGCAGGAGGCGGUGGAUACGAUGUGGCAGCGCGAGGCGGCGCUGAAGGCGGCGGCCGCCAACGGGUGCGAUGAGGGGCUGGGCGACACGGAGGAGGUGCUCGUCGCGUUCUCGCGCGCGCCCGACCACCGCCUGCCCAUGCGCGUGCACACCGCGCUCGUGCGCCCCGAGCUCAGCUGCGCCAACGGCGCCUCCGCCCCCGCCGCGUCGCACAGCACGCUGGUGGCCAGCGCGAGGGGCGGCGGAGGGGGGUUGGCGCGCUCCGCGUCGUGCGACUCCGCCGCCGCCAGUGGGGUCGGGCCGUGGCGCGGGCCUGCGGAUAACGGGGAGGGGGAGGCGCAGGGGGUGCGCGCGGGCGGGGAGGAACUCCCCCUGGCUGUUCAGAUGGAGGCGGCAGCGGCGGCGGUGAUGGCGGCGGACAGGGCGGGGAAGGCGGCGCGAGGACCGGCGGAGGGGGAGUGCGGGGAGGCGAAAAAGCAAGUCGCGGAUGGAGAACCGGCGGAACUGGCGGCGGGGAGAGCGGACGGCGCGGACGGGGGGGCCGGUGCGGGCGGGGUUGCGCCGGGCGUGGUCCCGUGGAACGACCAGAUGGUGCCGUACUUCCCUUCCCCCGCCACCAUCCAGGCCGCGGAAGCCAUUCUCGCGGGGGACGCCGCCGCCGCCGCGCACGCCAUGCAGGCGGAAGGCGUGCAGCCGCCGUUCCCAAAGGACGCGCCGGCGGAAGAGAAGGGCACUCGCCCCCCUGCGCCGGGGGCGCCGGAGCAGCCGGCUGCGGGGAAGGGGAACGUGGCGGGCGGGGCGACGUCGGCGCUGCCGCGCUGGGCGGCAGUUCUGGGCGGGCAGGGCGGGGCAGCCGGGCACGGGACGGUGGAAGGGCUGUCCCCGUCCGCGCGCGUGUCCAGUCUGGUGGAACUGCAGCUGUUCCCCUCUGCCCCGCGCCCUGCCCCCGCCGAUGGGGCGCGUGCGCCGAAGGGGAAAGUGGCGGAAGGAUCGAAGAAGGACGGUGGGGGGACGCCGGGGAAGGAAGGCGGGGGAGUGCUAGGGAAACGCGGGUUCAGUAACGUGUGGGGAGAUGACACGCCGUUCCCAUCUACCAUGUUCCGAAGAGUGAAAGAUGAAACGCCGUUCGUACCCGUACUGGUGCAACAGCAACUGCGGCAGUACCAGCAACAACAGCAGCAGCGGCAGGCGCAAGAGGGGCAGGAGCAGCACCUGGCGGCGAUGAGGGCGGGUGUGACGGCCGAGGUGGGGCAAAAGCUGAUGGCGCUGCAGCAGCAGCAGCAGCGGCUGGCGGCGGGCAAUGCCACGAAUGCGCGCGACCGCUGCAAUGCGCCCAAUGACCCCGCCGGUGCAACUAGGGCGGCGCCAGGCGCAGCAGUCGCGGAUGCAGCUGCGCCAGGCGCGGCGGAGCAGCAGAGGGGCGGGGCGGGCAGGGAGGCGGGCGGGGCGGGGGCGCUGUACGCGGGGCCGACAGGGCGCGUGGCGCUGACAGGCCUGCCGUUCCGCGUGAGCGCCAUGGCAGAGGCGGGCGCCACUAGCACUGGCGGCGCUGGCGGGGACGGCAGAAUACCUCACGCCCACACGCACGCCCACGCACAGGGACAGGCACAGGCGCAUGUGCAGGCGCAUGCACAAGCGCAGGCGCAGGCAGAGGUGGAGGCACAGGCGCAGGCGGAGAUAGAGGCGCAGAUAGAGGCACAGCUGGGCGGACAUGCUGCUGCAGCAGCUGCCGCAGCAGCGGCAGCGGGCCGGGCGCAGCAGCGGGGGCUGCGGUCGCCACAACGGAGCAAGCCCGAGCGGCUCUCCAGUGAGGAUGCGGCAGCAGCAGCCAUGGGCAAGAAGGGGUGGGGCCCGCUCACCUUCCUCUCCCUCGUGUCGCCACACCUACCGCACCACCAGCACCACCCAGCAGACCCCCAUGCCCUGCCCACCUUUCCCCCGGCCGCUGCUCUGCAAGAAGGGGUGGUGCCCAGGCAGCACAUCCGCCUCUUCCCCUCCUGA